AUGGUUCUCGACAUUGACCUGUUCCGCGAGGAAAAGGGUGGCGACCCGGAAAAGAUCCGGAAAUCGCAACGAGACCGUUACAAGGACCCGGCUCUCGUGGAUAAGGUCAUUGAGCUUGAUCAACAAUGGCGAAAAGAGCGCUUCACUGCCGAUCGCCUGAACCGCCAAAAGAACACUUUCAGCAAGGCUGUUGGCGAGAAGAUGAAGAAGAAAGAAGGCCCUGGAUCUGAUGCGCCUGUCGACGAGCAGGUUCUGGCCCGGCUGGAGGAGUUGAAGCUUGACGAGCUCGGCAGCGUAUCUGUCAAUCAGUUGAAGAAAAUGGGUGUAUUGGUGGAGGAGCGAAUGGCCCAGACGAAGAUUAACAUGGAGAAGCUCGAGAAUGAUCGCCAUCAAGCGCUAAUCCAGAUCGGGAACUUUGUUCACGAAUCUGUCCCGAUCUCGGAUAACGAAGAUAACAACCGUGUCGAGAACACGUACGGCGAUAUCACCAGCCGAAAGAAGUACAGCCAUGUUGACUUGGUUGUGAUGAUUGACGGGUUUGAUGGUGAUCGCGGAACGACAGUGGCCGGUGGACGCGGCUACUUUCUCAAAGGACCACUUGUGUUUCUGGAGCAGGCGAUUAUUCAGAUCGCGUUGCAAACGCUGUCGAAGAAAGGCUAUACACCCCUGUAUACGCCCUUCUUCAUGCGCAAGGAGGUGAUGCAAGAGGUUGCCCAGCUGAGUCAGUUCGACGAUGAACUAUAUAAAGUAUCGGGAAAAGGAACCGAAAUUGCUGGCGAUUCCACUGUUGAUGAAAAGUAUCUAAUCGCAACGGCAGAACAACCGAUUGCCGCCUACCACAGGGACGAAUGGAUAAAGGAAACCGAUUUGCCGAUCAAAUACGCUGGUUUCUCGACGUGUUUCCGCCAGGAAGUGGGCAGCCACGGACGGGAUACGCGUGGCAUUUUCCGGGUGCAUCAGUUCGAGAAAGUCGAACAAUUUGUCCUGACGUCGCCUUUUGAGAAUAAAUCGUGGGAAGCGUUCACUGAGAUGAUCGGCAACGCAGAGGAAUAUUGCCAGCUUCUCGGCAUCCCGUACCAUGUGGUAUGCAUUGUCUCGGGCGAACUGAACAAUGCUGCCUCGAAAAAGCUCGACUUGGAGGCAUGGUUCCCGGGCUCGGGUGCUUUCCGAGAAUUGGUCUCGUGCUCGAAUUGUCUGGAUUACCAGGCGCGCCGGCUGAAGGUCCGCUAUGGACAGACGAAGAAACUGGACGGAGAGGUCUCCUACGUGCACAUGCUGAACGCAACAAUGUGCGCAACCACAAGAGUCCUCUGCGCCCUCCUCGAAAACUAUCAAACCGAGACGGGAAUCACCGUGCCUGAAAUUCUUCGCCCGUACAUGCCUCCGCAAUACAAGGAGUUCAUUCCAUUCGUCAAACCGGCCCCCAUCGACGAGGAGAAGGCGAAGGAAGGCAAGAAGAAGGGAGGCAAA